AUGUCGCCUCGCCUCCUCCAUUAUCCAUCAUCUCGGGCCGAGCCCCAUCCACCCUGCUCACCACUCUCCCCCCCCGAUCUCCCCCCCACAGUACCUGCCAGAGCCACCAUCCUGUCCGACCCCCCAGCGCCUCGGGAAUCCGCGGCGCAUCCACAGGCCUCCGCCGACUCCCGCCCACCCCCACGCAAGCAGCCACCGAAAACUGUUGCCGCCCCGCCCCACCUUUGUAACUCCUACCAAUCUUUGGCGCCCGCGAAUCUCCACCCUCCCCCCUGCCCACCAAUUUCUACGCUCGCUGCGCAAGCGCACUCAAAAUCCACUCCCACCCCCCCCCCCCAACACCCCCACGCCCCCCACACACCCCCUCACCCCCAAUCCCUCACCCUCUGA